AUUCCAUUCAGUGAGCGUCCUUGUCGUGCGUGAUAACAGACGUCUCACGACGUAAACGGUACAAAUAUUUUUUCGCUAUCAAUUUUAAUAACAGAGUUCAAAGUCACAGUGAAAACAGUAUUUCCAAAACAUUAUCAAGCCAUAUUAUUGGAAUCAGCUCAAUUGCUUGGACAGUAGUCACAAAAUUGGCAUCUAAACAUGAGUAAGCAGAAAGAGAUUAAGUUUCAUGUGAUUGAGUUAUUGGAUCCUCCAUACAUGGAUCCUGAAAAAUUUGUUUGCGUUCCGGAUUCUUGGAUAAGGUGUCGUGAAACAUCAGAUGGUGUAGUUUUUGUUAAAUUUCCAGUCGAAAAACUAUCAGAAAUAAAGAAACGUGUUGAGAAACAAGAAUUCUCAGAAAACUGGACAGUUUUUUUGGCUAAUAUCUGCUACAGUACACACUCCUAUAAAGACGCAAACAACUAUAUCAAGAUCUUGAAUAAAAUAUCCGAUCAAGAGCAGAGCAGCUCAAAUAUAGUCGAAGAUGCACCAUCAACAUCGGUAAAGAAAGUACUCGAAUCACAAUCGAGCUCAGAAACAAACAAAGUCCGUACAACUCUAAACAGUGAUACGGAACCAGUGAGUGAUUCUGAGGUAACAAUGAGCGGAAAGAAAAGUAAAGUUGCAACUACCGAUGCUUCCCCAAAAGCCAGAAGAUAUUUGACAAGACAGUCACUCAAAAUAUCUUUAUCAGCCAAUAAUGCCGUAAGUGUGCCGGAUCAAACUACAAAAGAGAAUCUUCCGACAACUAGCCAUUGUAUUGAAGAGAGUGAUAAGACUAACAACAAUCAAGAAAAUGAACCAUCCGCUCAAAACUCUUCAGAGUUAACGAGAAAAUGUCAAAUUAUAAUGGUGCUACGGUCAAUCUUUGGUGAUAACUUCAAAGAAUCAUUGGAAAAACUUCAUAGGGAGUAUGAAGCAAACCAAUUAGUGUUAGACAAAAUGCGGCUUGCGUUAAUAAGAAAUUGUACGAUCAUAAAAGAGUUACUUGAGCUAACGAAUGAAGCUAGUAAUUGUCCUGAUAUUUUUGAUCUAGAUUCAGCAGUCAAAGAAUUAGAAAAUAGUAUGAUGGAAGUAAAUAUAAAUGAAAACAAUUCAGAUAAAGCAACCGGAUCAAAAGUGCAAAACGACACUCGAGAAAAGGAACAGAAAAGACACACCAGUGACGGUACAGAAGUUAAAAAUAAUAAUCCACUUAAUAAGAUCCGUGGCCAAGCGCGCAAGUUUACUUUACCACCAGAGUACGACCCGAAUGACUCAAGAUGGACCCUAAAGCAUCGGGAAAAGAAAAGUGGUCUCGUUGAACUCCUACCACAUUCACGAGUGUACGUAAAUGCCAUUCAACUAAGCAAUAGUAAAAUAACGUCGAAAGACAGCAAAACCCUUGCACGAACGUUAUUACUGGAAAUUUUUACCGAGAACGCAUUAAGUAUAUGUUCUCUAACUGGAAAAAAACCCAAUGCAUUUGACUUGGAUGGAACGAGUGUAAGGCCCGGUCUAGAUGAAAAUGCAAGAACUGUUUUAUUGAACUAUGUUAAAAAACAUGCCACUGAAAAAAAAUGGGUUGAAUUUGAUCCGCAGCUGAUUUCGAAUACGAUUCGUAACAAAAUGCAAGAAAUGCGAGGCAAACAUCAAAAUAUUGUCGAAAAAUAAUUAGGCUCGAAGGAAAUAUUGCUGAAGAAGUAUUGAAUUGAUUCGCUGAUUAAAUUAUUUGAAGCACCUGGUGGUCUCGUAUUUUCACGACUUCGAUUUUAUUCUUUGUUAUUUAAAAAAUAUAAUCUUUUAAGAGUCUAGUAUCAAACUUUUGCAAUGAUAUUGAAGAUAUUCCAAGUUCUGCAGGUUAGCGCAAAUCCAGAUACACAGUAAGUAAGACUUACUUCAAACUUAAACCUCACUUAUCUCGAAACUUCAUUUUUCUGCACGACGCAUGGCAGAAUUGUAACUCAUCAAUUUCACAAGCUCUAUACAUACCAGCGGAUCUCUCUAAUAUUAUAGUAGUUUUAUAUAAUUAAAAACAAUGGAUUAAUGGGGAAAAAUAGACAAUAUUUACUACUUACGCAGUACUCAGUAUUGUAAUGAAAAGAAAUGAGGUCAAAAUCAUUGCGAUAAUACAGCGGCGAUAUGCAAAAAGUACUGGUUGUUGUUUGCAUAUUACAAAGUCCUGCGCAGGCAUUAACCAUUCGUGUGUCACUCAGAACCCUCUAUGACUAUGAAUAUUUUUGUAAAAAUACUACUGAGAACUGUACGAAACCAUUGCUAAUUCUUUUCACCAUGCCAGAGGGCUCGCGAGUGCUUUUAAGAAUUUGUUAUUGGCACACUUUUAUAAAUAUUUGAAUUAAGAUGUCUAUCUCAGAUAGUCAAAAAUGGAUUGAGAUAUGUUAUUAGGUUUGGGCGUUCGAAUCAUUUUUUUAUUAUUGUUUACAUAUUAAUUAAAGUAUACAUGAAUGUCUCUUGUAGAAAAAAAUAGCAUUAAUCAAAAAUACACAUGAUGCGCAUCAUUUGAAAAGAGUAAUGUUGUUCAACCAAUGUCUGUCAUCUCGAAAACAGUAAUCAGUGUUUCUGAUGAAAAUUGUAGCGUCCACCUCACAAGAUGACAUCAUGACUACACAUUAUCUCAUUGCCAAGGUCAGGGUACCAAAACAAUAUCAAUGCAUUGCUACAUUUUGAUACAGUUAAUUAAAGAUACUUGCAACAUGUUGUUUCAAUAUUCAACAUUUCGUUUGAUCUGGAGGUGAAAGGUCAAGAACAAUACUGAGGUAUACAAAUAAUUUUGAUCAUACAAAGUCAAUUUCCAUAAGACUUUCAUUAAUACCCAGAGAAACAGAUAAAUAUCAAUCUCACUUAUUUAUAUUUUACUUAAAGUUACAUUUUUAUUAUUUUCAGUAUUAGCUAAUAAUUAAUAGAAUAUAUCCUUUUGGCUUACUUAGAAAUUCAUAAGAAAAUUAAACUUGCAUUUCAUAAAGAACAAUGAUAUAGUUAUCUAUUUUCGGUUUAAUCUUUAGUCGAUAGAAGUAUUUUCGAACGCCCAAACCCAAUAACUUAUCUCAAUCCAUUUUUCACAUCUUUAUCCAAAUAUAUAUAAAAGUGUGCCAAUCGACGGAUUGUAAUAGCCAUCUAUCGAUACAAGCUGUCGAUGGUAGGUCGGAUGUAUGUUUUUUGUAUGAAAAUGACAGUUUAACUGUGCUAAUAUCCUAUCUUAAGAUUUUAACUUACGCAAGUUUUUUUUAAUAACUAAAAAGCUAUUGAUAGGUUUUAAACACAAGUAUGUAUAUUUAAAUGUUAUUUGUACUGUUUUAUUGACUUUAUUUGGUUUAUCUUGAUUAUCAAAUAUGACUGUAAAGAGCGAAGAGAUUGCAUUCU